AUGGACAAGAAGCUUUGUGUUAGUAUUCUGCUAGCCAUGCUUGCUAUAGCAGCCGUGUGCAGGCCAAUGACAGAGCUAGAAUCAGCAAAGGACGGAGCUCAGAGGAAGAACGCCUUGUCUGAAGUCAGCAGACGGGACCUCCUAGCAUCCCUGACCCAUGAACAGAAGCAGCUGAUCAUGUCACAGCUUCUCCCCCAGCUGCUUUCAGAACUCUCCAACGCCGAGGACCAUCUUCACCCCAUGCGUGAUCGUGACUAUGCUGGAUGGAUGGAUUUUGGCCGCAGGAGUUCAGAAGUUACAGAAUCCUAA